UCGGAUUACAGUAGUGGAGGGAGAGCCAGAGGGGCUGGACCGUGAGCUAAAAUAACUCCACUCAGUACGCAGCUAUGACUAAAUGUCUGGAGCAGCCGCCACCGGAGACAAACACAGACCGAGCAGCCCAACUUCAGGAAGACCAGGAACUUUGAACGGGACUCGGCGUCAGGCUCGACUUUGGGAAAGAAGAACUAAAAGGCUCUCAACCUUUUGAGGAGCCGAACGCUGCUGCCUCACAGUCAUGAGUUCCCAGAUGAGCUUCAGCAGCAGCUUGCUGUUCCAGUCAAUAAAUGAUGACCUGAAUGCAUCGCUGGCUACAGCAGAUGAGUUAUCCAGAGAGUUCAACUCGCUGAUGAAGGAGGCGUCCUCCAACAAAACCACACAGUCUGGGUCACAGACCGGCACUACGAUCUCCUUAGAGAAGCCUCAGUCCAACAUCUCCACCACCACCAUCACGUCAGGCGGCAGUGGGAACACCAGCUCCAGUUCUCAGCCUUUCUCUCCAAGCUCAACGACCUUCCAGCCCCUGGAAUCCAGCAUCUCCAGCAAUAAAAACACGCCAGCCUCCCCUGUCAUCUCCUCCAGCCCGCUCUCAUCCCCCAAGAUCCAGAAGGAGCUGUCCUCUCCCCUUCCCCGAGUCGGAUCUGACAGCUAUACGUAUGGCGGCCAGCAGAGCCCCAGGCAGUCACCUCACACCCCAAGACGUAACUCCCCAUCUCGCUACGACAGGAGCCCACGAGGCUCAAUCAGCUACAUGGAAAGAAGUCCCUCCCCAAGUCCCACCUCUGCUUCUUUAGACCAGCCAUUUCGGCCUGUCUCGUUCCAAGCUUCCCCCAACCUGCUGAGCCCUUACGACAACAGCCAGAUGGGACGCAGGUCGCCUCGACCAGACAGGAGCCCCUCCCCUUUGUCUUUCAAUCAUCCAGUGUCCAACACGCUCCCGCGAAAUUUUGGCGGUUUCAGGCAACCUGAUGAGGGUGUGCAGCAACAAAGGAGUCCCAGCAAGUGGAACGAGACAGAUCUGGACGUGUCCUACGAGAGGAAACCUCACCACACCUAUGAAAAGACAGAGUGGCUACGGCCGACCGUGCCAAACAGCAGCUGGAGAGAAUCCAACCUCGAUGGCCCUCCUCCAGCCCCAAGUCCAAAAAAGGAUCCUCGCGCUAAAUCUCUGCAGUUUUCCCAUGGUUCUCUCCCCCGUAACGCACGUAUAUCAGUACCCCCAGAUGUUUCAUCCCCAUCCCACUCCCCUCACCAGUUUCAGCCCAUCGUCAACCGCAUUUCCAUUCCCCCGACUUCCGCUCAGUCCCGUCAGCGUCAGCCCAUCCCCCUCUCCGUCAUCAUGCGUCUGCAAAACCCCCACUGGGGAGCCAUGUCAACCCACCACCCCAGAGCCCUGGGAGGAGAAGGUGAUAUGGCACCUUAUCAACCAGCUGUCCCCAUCCCGGUGGAGUUCUUCAACCAACCUGUACUCCAGCCACAGCAAUACCCACCUGAGCUGAGACAGCCAGCCAUAUACAGUGACGUGCUGAACCCAGGGGAUAUAGAUGCAGAGUUAGAGCGGCUGGACGUUGUGCCGCACAUGCCUGUGAUUUCGGAGAAUCCCAGCAUGCCAAAGGGCAGCGGGGAGGUCGAGCAGGGCGUAGCCCCAGCUCCCCGGCCACUCAGCCCCACCAGGCUGCAGCCAGUGGUGGCUCCUGAGGCCCAGAGCCAGGAGAUUCCUAGCGUGGAGGAGCUGCUCCGCAUCCGGGCAGAAAUUCCCCGCGCCCUGAAGAGACGGGGCUCCGUGGACCAGUCGCGGCCCCUGAAGAAGGCCUCCCACUACCAGCCGAACCAGUACAGAAACCUCAUUGACAAGCUUUUCCGCAGGAAGGAGCAUCGCCAGAAGGGGGAUCAAGGUAGCGAGACCAGCAGCUCUUCAGACGGAGAGGACUGCGCUAUGCCUCCUGCCCCCAUACCUCAGACAUCCUCAAUGGUUCCCCUUGACUUCAGAAGCUACCAUUCGAUUCUGCGGCGGUCCAGCCGGGAACGCAAAAGUUCGGGGAGGCGAGCUCGGCUCAGCCCGCUCGUCCUGCUGCUGGAUGGAUCGUUGGUCGGUGAGCUGGAGACGGUGCAGAGGGCCGUCCAGGAGAUGAACGACCCCAGCCAGCCCAACGAUGAGGGCAUCACUGCUCUUCACAAUGCCAUCUGCGGGGGCCAUUACAAUGUGGUGGAUUUCCUGGUUCGCAUUGGAGCCAAUGUCAGCGCACCAGACAGCCACGGCUGGACUCCGCUGCAUUGUGCAGCCUCUUGCAAUGACCGUCCUCUGUGUGAGUUUCUGGUGAGGAACGGAGCUGCUGUCAUGGCCAUGACGCAGAGCGACGGCGCUAUCGCCUCCCAGAAGUGUGAUCCUUAUGCUCCUGGGUUUGAAGAGUGUGAGAGCUUCCUGAGGGGUGUGGAGGAGGCCAUGGGGGUGGAGAACAGCGGGGUGCUCUACGCCCUGUGGAGCUACCCGGCUCAGGCAGCCGACGAGCUGAGCUUCAGGGAGGGAGACAUGAUCACCAUCCUGCAGAAACCUGAAGGGUCGGACUGGUGGUGGGCCUCGCUCUGCGGCCGGGAGGGCUUCGUUCCAAACAACUACUUUGGGCUUUUCCCGAAGGUUCGACCGAAAUCUCUCUGCUAAGUGGUCUCUGGAUGAUCGACCCAGGACUGUCAAAAACUGUACUUUACAGCUUCACACUGUUGUUUGAUAGGACUGUGUGCAUGUGAUAAUGAAAAGGUUGUAUUACUGCGGGGCAUGAGAAAUGCUUUUGAUCCAUCAGUCGAGGAAAGUUGAAGGAGAAGUCUCUGUAUUCAUGUUGGCCACGCUGACAAGGACGCAUCAUUUGUACUGGCUUUGCUGGUAUUUUUCUCUCGUAAACUCUGCUAAACCUUUCAAUCAAGCUAUGCCCGUCUGUCCGAAGGUUACAAAAGGGUCACAAUCCCUGCUGUCUUGCUCAGCUCAGCUUCUGUCUCACCGGAUGGUUAAUAAUGAGAAUGCAGAAACGGCAGCUUGUUGGUGUUCAGUCCACUCGUCAACGAGGUCAGCGUUUGCCGCACGCUGGGCAGCAAACAUGAUGGCUCAAUUUAGAGAACUGCUGCUUCAGGUAGAGGAAAAUCAAUGUGCUCGUUACCGGAGCAGAGUUGUCUGCUGCUGCGUCGAAGCAACAUUGAAAACUGUUACGUGAAAGAGACUGGUCAGGAGCUGACGUGGACGUGAACCUUUUCUGACCACUGCUGUUGAAUCCUAAUGACGACCAUAUUCAUGAUUUUAUUGCAUUUUUUGAAGAGUGACGCUUAAUGUUUUCCCAUUAAUGUGGCUGUAGACUUUGCAUAUUUUUAGAUGAUUCUACUUUAGAGGAGAACGUAUGUUUUCUACGACGAUGAAACGUGACUUUCUGUGGAUUUGCGUGCAUUCAUGGUAAUAGAAUGAAUGUUUGGUGAGGCAUUUGUUUUGUGUUUUGUAUGUCAUCGGAUUUCAGUGUAACACCUUUGUGCACUUAACCUGUAACACCCAUCUGAGGGGCAUGCAGUGAGCAAAUAUUCAAUAAAUACAUGACUCAUGGUUUU